AUGUGCCGGAAUGCAGGCAAUCUAGAUGAGGUCGGAAGUCAAACAACGGCUGUGCAGAAGCCGUUCAAGAAACACCGUUCAAGCGUGCGAUAUUCCCGGAACAGGAAACAAAAGGCCAAGCUUCAAGAGAAGGUGAGAGAUGAGCAGGGUGGAGGAGUGGAGUUGGAGGGGAGGGGAGGGGAGGACAGAGGGGAUGGAAUGCAGGCGGAGGUUGAGCGUUAUACAAACGCCGCUGAGACAAGGGGAGCUACAACAUGCAAAGGCCGAGCAGGUACAGGCAAGACUUACCGUGGCGGAAGGAGCAGUAGAUGGGGGAUGGUUGAAGGUCGCAAGUCGCAGCAAGUCGCAGUAGAAAGAGAAGAAGGGGAGAGGGAUCGUGGUAGUAAUAAUAAGAAUAAUAAUUCAGCUACUUUACUACUACUAAACUAA